CCACCUGGUGGUCAACACGGUGUAGUGCAGACAACAUGGCGGCCCCCGUGAGGACAUGGUGCUCAGUGUUGAGGCACUCCAGCAGGCAUUUCAGCACAACAUGUAGAGUUCAGGCUGGAGAGAAAUGGAGGAAAGAACAUGGACUCUCCCGAAGCGGCACAGAAUACGGCCCUCUGACAGAUCUGCCUGAUUGGUCGUUUACAGAUGGAAGAGCAGCACCUCCAAUGAAGGGACAGCUGAGAAGAAAGCAAGAGAGGGAAGUUUUAGCAAGACGUAUCGUGAUGCUGAACUCGGAGGUGGACAGAGGGAUAGAGGCGUGGAGUGAAAAACAGGAAGAGGCCACUAGAAUGGAGGAGCACAAAAAGUCUCUUUUACUCAAACCGAAAGGGAAGCUGUUGAUGAAGAAAAAAUCUCAAAGUUAGAAACAGCAUAUCAUCAUAAUCAUGUUGCGAUAUCCUUAUUCUGAACAUGUUGAUAGUCACCCUAUUGAAUAUAUUUAUGAGGACUUGGGGCUUUUGUCUGGCUUUACAAUGUGUGUUUUUCACUUUUCAUGCAUUUCUGCAAUAAAUGUUUGUUCUGUUUCUGA